UUUUAAACUAUUGUAACGUGAAAAUUUUCGAAACCCUUUUUUCCCUUCUUCAUUUCGUUUUGUUUCAUCGCUUCAUCUCUCACCGACGAAGGCAGCGGCGACCGGCGGCUGUAGGCGACGAACGGCGGCGGCCGGCGUUGAACGGCGACGCCAAUUUUGUGCAAAUGGGGAAGAAAAAAAUGAAGAUGAAACAGAGUGGUAAGAUAAAACCGAGUGGUGACGGUUCGGAAAAGAAGAGGUCACACCACAGUAAAGAAGCUCCUGAGUUCUUGCCUUUGGAAGGUGGUCCUGGGAGUCGAUUGCCUAAAGAAGAUGAAGAACCACCUGCAUUGAAUUCCCGUGUCGUGUAUGUUGGACACAUCCCUCAUGGAUUUUAUGAGGAACAGAUGCAAGGUUUCUUUAAACAGUUUGGAACUAUCAAGAGAUUGCGGGUGGCACGAAACAGAAAGACAGGGAAGUCUAAACAUUAUGGGUUCAUUGAAUUCGAGUCACCUGAGGUUGCUAAAAUUGUUGCUGAUUGUAUGAAUAAUUAUCUGCUAUUUGAACACAUUCUACAAGUUCAUACAAUUCCACCGGAGAAGAUUCAUCCAAAAAUGUGGAAGCAGGUGAAGCGUAGCUAUGAUCCAUCAAGAGGGAGAAGAAUUGAACGGAUGAGGCAUAAUAAGGACAGGACUGCUGAAGAGCACAAGAAGAUGGUGGCAGCAAUCAUGCGGAGGGAUCUAAAGCGAAGAAAGAAUAUCAAAGCUGCUGGUAUUGAUUAUGAGUGUCCAGAUUUGAUAGGAAGUAUUCUGCCUACUCCCAAGAAAAUCAAGUUCUCAGAGGAAGAAUAGAUUGAUAUUUUGCUUAGUGAUUUAGCUUAUUUAAAUGGUGUAACUUCUAUUUCCUAUUCCCAGAUUGUUCACUUGCAACAUAUACAGCAUGGUACUUCCAAGUGAAUUUAGGUGCAUGGUGAUAUAUAUUAGGCAUGGUUGCAGAGCAGGCUGAAUCAAAACUACCAUUUUGGUCUGAGUUUGGCUUGGAUGGUUAGAGUGAUCGUUAAGAGGAAAACCAUGAUAGCAAACGGCCUGUAGGAAGGCAAAGCAAAGGUUGGUUGAAUCAAAAGGGCCAACAAAGAUUCGAUUGGGGAUACCAUAGCUAAAUAUGCCACCUCAACUGCCGGACCUUGAAGAUUGUAAAAGGCAGCAGACCAGUUUUAUCGACAUCAGUACGUCGUCUCGGCAAUUGAUGUAUAUUUGGCUCAUUACUUAAAUGAUGCGGUGCUGAUGAUAACGUUGGUCCAUACGCUUGUGUCCCAAUUGGCUGAUUCACGAUUUAUGAACUUUUCUAUGAUAAGUUAAUGAUAAUUCUAAUGUUUUUGAGUGCCCAGUA